AUGGAUGACGUCCCUGGUACCGUGCAGAACAUGUCACUGGUCAGUGUGCAGUCAGCCCUAGAUGCUGCCGGAACACGAGCCUGUCGGAGCGCACAGACCAGGCAGGCCAGGUGUUCAGAUCAGUCUCAUAGCACCUCUCAGACACGUCUCUUCUCCACCAAACUCGUCACUCCUUGUUCCUCAGGGAAUCUGAUCCUUAUCCUUCUGAUAUGUUUUAGUCCUACACUAAAAACACCAAUGUACUUCUUCUUGUGUAACCUUUCCUGUCUGGACAUUGUCUACACAACCGUCACCUCUCCUAAAUUGAUUCAUAUAUUUGCCACGAACAAUGGAAGAAUUUCCUUUAUAGGCUGUAUAAUUCAGCUCUUCUUCUUUGUUUCUUUUUGGAAUACUGAAUAUUUCCUGUUGACGGUUAUGUCUUAUGACCGGUAUGUGGCCAUCUGUAAACCACUACAUUACACAAUGAUCAUGAACUGGAGACUGUGUACAAUCGCUGCUGUAGGAACGUGGAUUGGUGGCAUGCUGGGUGCAGUCUCACCAACCACUGUCACGUCUUUGGCAACUUAUAACUCAUCCAGUGACCUAAAUCAUUUCUUCUGCGAUAUUAAAGUAUUAGAAAAAGUAGCUAUCAGUGAUACAAAAUUUAUACAGAAUGUGAUUCUAGUCCAAGGUACUCUCCUGGUAAUGACUGCUUUCAUGCUCACACUAGUUUCCUAUAUCUACAUCAUUUCCACCAUUCUGAAGAUUCGGUCUACAAGAGGGAAGUACAAGGCCUUCUCCACCUGUGCUUCUCACUUAACGGUUGUCACUUCUUUUUACAUUUUAAUAUUCGACUUGUAUUUUAAACCCAAAUCUGCUGUAUCGUUGAAUCAGGGUAAAGUGUUAACUGUCCUGUAUGUAUACAUCAUUCCUAUGUUAAACCCUCUGAUAUAUAGUUUUAGAAAUAAAGAUGUGAAGGAGGCAUUUAAGAGAAUGUGUAAAAAGCAAUGA